ACCACGUCAACCACGUGGCAAUUUAGAAACCAGAGAUUGGCUCUAAUAUUUGUUUUUGCACAGUUGUUUUCGAACUUAGUAUUUUUGUUUUGAUGGGGUCAAAGUCUAUUACCUAGUUCAAAGUGUAUUACUAUUUUUAAUUUACAUAAACUGUGUUUUCGGCUGUUAAUCAGAAAUUUUCUUUAAUAUCAUUCGGGCGAUUGCAGUAAAAAGUCGAUUCAAAAGGUGCAAAAUGUUUCGUGUGGUCCGUGUAGUAGUUCAGCAGCAAAUAAAAUGUGAAAAUAUCCCAAUAAGGACACUUAAAAUAUCUGCAGUUGCAUCUGCCCAACCACAAACAGCAGAAAAACCUAGGGCAAAACCUUCUCAACAAGAAGAUUAUUCAUUUGUUAUGAACCUGUUCAGGGGUCAAGUUGAGGGACGUCAAGUAUUUCCAUAUCCAAAUGUUUUGAAUGAAGAACAAAGAGACACCUUGCAAAUGCUGAUCGACCCUUGUGAGAAGUUCUUUAAUGAAGUAAAUGACCCCACCAAGAACGACACACUGGAAAAAGUUGAUGAACCUUCGUUGAAUGGGCUAUGGGACUUGGGAGCCUUUGCUUUACAAGUACCACAAGAUUUGGGUGGUUUGGGACUGUCAAACACACAAUAUGCCAGACUGGUCGAAAUUGUCGGUGCUAAUGACUUGGGCGUUGGUAUAACACUUGGUGCUCAUCAGUCAAUUGGUUUCAAAGGGAUCCUUCUGUUUGGCACGCCUGAACAAAAAGCUAAGUACUUACCAAGAGUAUCUAACCGUGAAUUUGCUGCCUUCUGUCUGACAGAACCGUCCAGUGGAUCUGAUGCCGGCUCUAUCAAAACUAAAGCUGUGCUAUCACCUGAUGGGAAACAUUUUAUUCUAAAUGGUUCCAAAAUAUGGAUUAGUAAUGGUGGGCUGGCUGAAAUUAUGACAGUUUUUGCACAGACCCCUGUCCAAGACCCAAAGACUGGGAAAACUGUUGAUAAAGUAACAGCUUUUAUUGUGGAAAGAGCUUUUGGAGGUGUUUCCAAUGGACCACCAGAGAAAAAAAUGGGAAUUAAAUGUUCCAACACAACGGAAGUAUAUUACGAUAAUGUCAAAAUUCCUAUUGAAAACGUCCUGGGAGGUGUAGGCAAUGGUUUUAAAGUAGCUAUGAAUAUUCUAAACAAUGGACGUUUUGGUAUGGCUGCUUGCCUAUCAGGCACUAUGAAGACAUGCAUAAAAAAAGCUGUCGAGUUUGCAAACCAAAGAAAACAAUUUGGCCAGAUCAUCACAAACUUUGGAGGAAUCCAGGAAAAAAUUGCCAGAAUGGCAAUGCUACAGUAUGUCACUGAGUCGAUGGCCUACAUGAUUUCUGGCAACAUGGACACUGGCUCGCAACAUUACCAUUUAGAAGCCGCCAUAUCCAAGUGUUUUGCUUCUGAGGCAGCUUGGUUUGUUUGUGAUGAAGCUAUUCAAAUAAUGGGUGGAAUGGGAUUCAUGAAACAGACUGGCCUUGAGAGAAUCAUGAGGGACUUGAGAAUAUUCAGAAUAUUUGAAGGAACAAAUGAUAUCCUGAGAUUAUUUGUUGCUCUAACAGGUAUUCAGUAUGCUGGAGCCCAUCUUAAAGAGCUUCAAAACGCUUUCAAGAAUCCUACUGCCAAUUUAGGACUGAUUUUCGAAGAGGCCUCCAAAAGGGUUGUAAGGAAAGUUGGUUUGGGCUCACCACCCUCCAUGGACCACUAUGUGCACAGGGACCUGUUACAGUCCGCUUCUGAGCUGGCAAAAAGCAUAGACUCCUUCGGACAGUCAAUAGAAAUGGUCCUAAUAAAAUAUGGAAAAAGCAUAGUAAACGAACAAUUCAUUCUCAAUAGGCUAGCGAACGCAACAUUUGACAUUUACUCUAGCGCAGUAGUAUUAAGUAGGGCAAGUUCUACACUUAGAACUGGUGCAGACUCUGCCCAACAUGAGAGACAGAUGGCUGAAGCCUGGACUCUAGAGGCUACCCAACGUGUUGCUGCAAACCUAAAAACAGUGGCAAGUGGGAAGAAUUUAGACAAUUUUACGAAAUUAAGCUCAGUCGCAAAGAAUGUCUGCAAGGCUGAAGGAGUAGUACAAAUUAACCCCCUAAAAUUAUAAUAUUUUUUAUAUGAAUUCUAGAUGUAUAUCACUUUCAAAUUAAUGUAUAUAUUUAUUAUAUUCUACAAUGUUAAGUUUUUUUAUAUAAUUCCAAUUCUAGGUAUUAAGAAAAGAAAUAAUUCAAAUUAUUUAUGAAUUAAAAUAUAUUUUUUAUUUUUAA